GGCUUAUUGAAAGUGUGGCUGUGCACAACAACGCGGACUUGCCGCUACCCGCUUGGCAGACACUUAACACACGGAGAGGGGAGCAAACGAUUGGAGGGUACACACACGCAGAUGAGAGGAUGCAGCAGGAAGCAGAUGAGCGACUGAGCCCCACCUGAGCCCUGACCCAUCACCUCCCGCCCCCACCCGGCUGUCCCAUUAUGCACCUACCAUUUCGAGGUCGUCUGAAGCUGCUAGUGGCGUCUCUGACCGCCGUCAUCCUGCUCACCUGGCUCUACCUGCUGGCUGGGAACCUGGAGAAUGGGCGUUCUCUCCUCCUGUCCCCCUGUCUGUCAGAGACCCCCGAGGCACGGGUUCUAGAGCGGGCGGUUCUAGAGUCGCGGGUGCGCGAGAUGGAGGAGGAGAACAGGCAGAUCCGCUUGCAGCUCAACCACUUGCAGGGCACGGCUGGCCAGCCCGCCGACGGUGGUAACUACGGCAAUGCGGCAUGGGGGGCAUCAGCUGACACUGGGCCCGAGGAUGUGGAGAACACGGCGGAGGAGAGAGCCAAUCACACUGAGUGUCCCCGUUCGCCCACCGUACUGAAGUGUGAGCUGAUCCAUGUAGCAUGCGUGUGUGCCGGUCACAACGCCAGCAGAGAUGUGGUCACCCUGGUCAAGUCCAUCCUGUUCCACAGGAGAAACCCUCUCCAUUUCCACUUCAUCACAGACGCAGUAGCCAAUCAGAUCCUGAGUUCUCUGUUCCAGUCCUGGAUGGUUCCGUCUGUACAAGUUAGCUUCUAUGACGCAGACGAACUCAAGUCGGAGGUGUCAUGGAUACCUAACAAGCACUACUCAGGUAUCUACGGCCUGAUGAAGCUGACCCUAACCAAGGCGCUGCCCUCUGACCUCACAAAGGUCAUCGUCCUGGAUACGGACAUCACCUUCGCCACCGACAUCGCUGAGCUCUGGGCCAUCUUCAGGAAGUUCACUGACAAGCAGGUGAUAGGUCUGGUGGAGAACCAGAGUGACUGGUGCCUGGGGAACCUGUGGAAGAACCACAAACCCUGGCCCGCCCUGGGACGAGGCUUCAACACUGGGGUCAUCCUGCUCUACCUGGAGAGGCUGCGACGGAUUGGCUGGGAGCAGAUGUGGAGGCUGACCGCCGAGAGAGAGCUAAUGAGCAUGCUCAGUACCUCGCUUGCGGACCAGGACAUCUUUAAUGCGUUCAUUAAGCAGAACCCAGUCCUAGUGCAUCAGCUGCCCUGCUUCUGGAACGUUCAGCUGUCUGACCACACACGCUCUGAACAGUGCUACACAGAGGUGUCUGACCUCAAGGUGAUCCAUUGGAACUCUCCUAAGAAACUUCGUGUGAAGAACAAGCAUGUGGAGUUCUUCAGGAACCUCUACCUUACCUUCCUUGAGUACGAUGGGAACCUACUGAGACGAGAGCUGUUUGGCUGCCCCAGCCAGGCCACCUCAGAGAGCGUUCGGUUACAAGGAGCUCUGGAGGAGCUGGAUGAAGACGACCAGUGUUAUGACUUCCGGCGGGAGCGAAUCACAGUGCACCGCGUGCACCUCUACUUUCUGCAGUACGAGUACACGCCCGCCGGGGAUGACACAGACGUCACGCUGGUCGCACAGCUCUCCAUGGACAGGUUACAGAUGUUGGAGGCUAUCUGUAAACACUGGGAAGGUCCUAUCAGCCUGGCCCUGUAUCUCUCUGAUGCUGAGGCUCAACAGUUCCUGCGCUACACCCAGGGGUCAGAGGUCCUGAUGUCCAGGGGGAACGUGGGCUACCACAUCGUCUACAAGGAGGGCCAGUUCUAUCCGGUCAACCUGGUGAGAAAUGUGGCCCUGAGGAACGCCAACACACCCUAUGUGUUCCUGGCAGACGUGGACUUCCUGCCCAUGUACGGCCUCUAUGAUUACCUCAGGAAGUCAGUGGUCCAGUUAGACAUGGCCCACACUAAGAAAGCUCUGGUUGUACCGGCCUUUGAGACGCUGCGCUACCGCCUCUCCUUUCCCAAAUCCAAAGCUGAGCUGCUCUCCAUGCUGGACAUGGGGACCCUCUACACCUUCAGGUAUCACGUCUGGACCAAGGGCCAUGCUCCUACCAACUACGCCAAGUGGCGGACAGCCACCACGCCCUAUAAGGUGGAGUGGGAGGCGGACUUUGAGCCCUAUGUGGUGGUGAAGCGGGACUGUCCUGAGUAUGACCAGCGCUUCGUGGGAUUUGGCUGGAACAAGGUCUCCCAUAUCAUGGAGCUAGAUGCACAGGAGUACGACCUGAUGGUUCUGCCCAACGCGUUCAUGAUCCACAUGCCACACGCACCCAGCUUCGACAUCUCCAAGUUCCGCUCCAGCCCAGGCUACCGAUACUGCCUGCAGACCCUAAAAGAGGAGUUCCACCAAGACCUGUCCCGGAAGUACGGCGCAGCCGCCCUCAAGUACCUUACUGCUCAGAGGAACAUCUAAACCAGGACUCCCAAGGGCCACUGGGCUUCAUACCUAGGGCCCCAACGGCCCCCAUGCUGGUCCCUGGCAAGUCUAAAGGGGUUUGGGAAUACUGGCAACUAUCAGCCAAUAUCACUACUAAGCUUGAAUAGCUUUAAAGUCUUGUAGAACAUUCUGGAGAUGUGUUAGCUUAACUUUCUGGGGUGGUUUGGGCUGGGAUGACCCACCCAACUAUGCUAUAAUGGGUUAUGACCCAAACUGGAAUAAAAACAAAGAACCAAACAGAUCAGACAUGACAGUGGUGACAAGAUAUUGGGCUCACUGGGAAUAAGUUUCUCUGAAAGGGAUGAGUGGUUGACUGCUUUAAGUCUGGGAGAAAGUGACGAUUAUCAUGAUUUGUUCUGACAAUCAGGGCCUUUUCUGAGGAAAAUACAUCUCAAACCAAUCUGUCCACAUGGGAUAUCUGGACCUGGAACUCAAGGACAGGAAUUUGGGGAAACACAGAACUGAAAGAAAAGGAAGUUGCGUCUUCCCUGGUCUCUUCAAGAGGAUGAGUCGGGAAUCACGUUCGGAGUGACCAAUCAAACUGGAGAAAUGUUUAAGCCUUAUAAUUUUCCAUUAUAUUUAAGAAAUUUAAUGAUAUCAGUAUUUUUCUCAAUGUAAAUGAUUAUCAAUUAUUAACAAACAAAUAUGGCAUAUAUACACCACCAGUCAAAAGUUUUAGAACACCUACUCAUUCAA